GGGAAUCGUACCACUGUCCUUGAAAUAAACACGCGUGUCGUAAAUGAAAUCGUGAGUCACCCUGCUACCGUCUGUGUCAGAAAGACAAAUAUUUCUGCCAUGGAUUCCUCACUGACUUCGCAGCAGGUGCGACAGAUCUUCAUUGAUUUCCACCUCGAUCACCCCGUCUUCAAGCAUGAGUUUGUCCGUUCCAGCUCCACCAUCCCGCUGGAUGAUCCCACACUGCUCUUUGCCAAUGCUGGCAUGAACCAGUUCAAAGCCAUUUUCACCGGCACUGUGGAUCCCAACAGCGACAUGGCCAAAUGGAGGCGUGUCGUCAACAGUCAGAAGUGCAUCCGUGCCGGCGGCAAACACAACGAUCUGGACGAUGUCGGCAAAGACACCUACCAUCACACCUUCUUUGAGAUGCUGGGAACGUGGUCGUUUGGAGACUACUUCAAGAAAGAGUGUUGCCGGAUGUCGUGGGAACUCCUUACAGACGUCUACAAGCUGCCCAAGGAUCGUCUGUACGUCACAUACUUUGGCGGAAGCAAAGAAGAAGGUUUGGAGGAAGAUCUCGAGACCAAACAGAUUUGGAUGGAUUUAGGUGUACCUGAAGAAAGAGUCAUGCCAUUUGGAACCAAGGACAACUUUUGGGAGAUGGGUGCGACAGGACCCUGCGGGCCCUGCACCGAGGUGCACUUUGACCGGGUGGGUGGCGGACGGGAUGCCUCGGAAUAUGUCAACAUGGACGACCCUAACGUGGUGGAAUUGUGGAACUUGGUGUUCACGCAGUUUAACAGAGAGCCAGAUGGGAGUCUCAAGUUGCUUCCCAAGAAAAACUGUGACACCGGCAUGGGUCUGGAGCGUAUCGUCUCGGUUCUCAAAUACAAAGACUCCAACUACGACACUGACCUCUUCGUGCCCAUCUUUGAUGCUAUUCAAAAGGCCACUGGUAUCCGGACGUACACUGGUAAACUGGCUGCCGAGGACACUGAUGGUGUGGACAUGGCUUACCGUGUCGUUGCUGAUCACAUUCGCACAUUGACCAUCGCUUUGUCGGACGGCGGUAGACCCGACAAUAUCGGAAGAGGAUAUGUUCUGAGACGCAUUCUGCGGAGGGGGAUCCGAUACGCCACAGAGAAACUGAAAGCCAAGCCGGGAGUGUUUGCCAGCCUCGUCAGUGUUGUCGUUGAAAUCUUGGGCGAAGCUUUCCCAGAAGUGACUAAGGACCCCCAGCUAGUCAUGGACAUCAUUAACGAGGAAGAAGCACAGUUUUUGCAGACGCUCUCUAGGGGGCGCCGUGUGCUGGAGCGCACCGUCAACAAGCUGGGGCCGGACGCCAAGGAGCUGCCAGGCAAGGCAGCAUGGCUGCUGUACGACACCUACGGAUUCCCCGUCGACCUGACGAGUCUGAUCAUGGAGGAGAAGGGCAUGACCAUCAACAUGGCCGAAUACGAAGAGGAAAAGAAGAAGGCCCAGAUUCUGUCUCAGGGCAAAGGAUCCGGAGUUGACGACACCAUCAGUCUCGACAUUCACGCCAUCAACGACUUGCAAGAGAAGAGGAAAGUGCCUCCGACCAACGAUAAAGUCAAGUACAACUACACCAGCGACGCUGCCGGCAACUAUCAGUUUGAGUCGACAGUAGGCACCGUUAUCGCGCUGCGCAAGGACAAUCAGUUUGUGGAGGAGGUGCAGCGUGGCGACGAGUGCGGCAUUCUCCUGGAUCAGACGUGCUUCUAUGCAGAGUCUGGAGGGCAGAUCUAUGACGAGGGAUUUAUGGAGAAGGAAGACAAUGCUGAUAUCGAGUUCAGGGUUACCAAUGUCCAGGUCAAAGGUGGCUACUGCCUUCACAUCGGCAAAGUUUCCGCCGUGGAUUUGGACGGGAAGAUCAAGAUUGGCGACCGCCUCAAGCUGGCCGUUGAUGAGGUUCGUAGAAGGCCCGUGAUGAACAACCACACGGGGACUCACGUCUUGAACUUUGCCCUACGUCAGGUCUUAGGAGACGCGGAUCAGAAGGGAUCCUUGGUGGCGCCAGACAGGCUACGAUUUGACUUCACCGCUAAGGGUGCCAUGACAACGCAGCAAGUGAAAGACACCGAACGCAUCGCCAAUGAAGUCAUCGCCAAGGCUGCUAAAGUGUACACGAUGAACACGCCGCUGGCACAGGCUAAAGCCAUACAGGGAUUGCGUGCUGUGUUUGAUGAGGUAUACCCAGACCCAGUGCGUGUCGUCAGCAUCGGAAUCGCUGUUGAAGACCUAGUGGCUGACCCUACUGGACCCGGAGGGUCAACGACAUCGGUGGAGUUCUGCGGUGGCACGCAUCUACAGAACAGCAGUCACAUUGGCAAAUUUGUCAUCACCUCGGAGGAAGCCAUCGCUAAAGGGAUCCGUCGCAUCCAGGCAAUUACCGGAGAGGAUGCUGAAAAGGCUAUCAGUCGAGGGAAGGCCAUGGAAGCUCUGAUUGCGAAACUGGCCAAGGAGAUUCAGGACAACGGCAACGCCAACCAGAAACUGCUGACUAGGAAAGUGGUCGAGUUGGGAGACGAUCUCAACAUAGCUAUCGUCCAGCAGUGGAAGAAGGACGAACUCCGCGCCAAACUGAAAGACCUGAAGAAGAUCAUGGAUAACAUGGACAAAGCCUACAAAGCUGCCCAGGUGCAACAGGCAAAAGACACCGCCAAGCAGAUGAUCAUGGCUUCUCCCAACGUUCCUUACGUCGUUGCUCGUUUAGAGGCCGGAGCCAACGGCAAGGCCCUGGAUGCUGCCCUCAAGGAGUACAAGUCUGGCUCGCCUAACACCGCCGCCAUCUUGUUCAGUAUGGACGCCGAGGUCGGCAAGAUAUUGUGUAUGGCUCAGGUGCCAAAGGAUGUAGCAGGCAAGGGUUUGAAAGCCAACGAGUGGGUCAUUCAGGUGACAGAGGUCAUCAACGGCAAAGGGGGAGGCAAGGAGCUGGCUGCCCAGGCAACGGGAGACCGGACCGACGGGAUUGAUGAGGCGCUACGUCUGGCGGAGGACUUUGCUAAGCUCAAACUGGCAAGUUAAUGCUCGGCACGACCAGUGGUAGGAAUUAGCUAUGUUGCGCUUGACCAGGUAGCAAUUAUUUUUGUUUGCAACCAAGUAUAGUCAAUCUUCAUAAUGCGCUUGCGUCAACUGGUUUUCAGACUUUACUCCUCUUUAAAUUAAAAAACAUACAUUCUGAGCCAAGUUGUCCUUUCAGUCAAAAUCAGUCAAGUGACUGU